AUGGGGCCAAGAAUUAUCAGGCAGUGUGGUACGAUCGAGCAUUGGUCAACCUCACGGCACGCAUUCGGCGUCUACACAGGAAUUGCAAAUUCUUGUCAAUACGUUAUUGACGAUGACCGCCUACAAGGCCGCCCAGUGCAAGCCGUCGUGGAAGAGGCAUUGGCGCGCCUAAUCCUCCGCCUAGGCGGACUGAGGGUCGGAAUCAUCAAGGAAAACACUAAUCAGGCUAGCUUCGUCAAUAUAGCCUCUAUGGACCUCAGGGAUUUUAUCGAAUGGAAGACGGUGACAGCAUCUAGCCAGGCACAGGACGAUGCACACCUCCUGGAGGUGAUAAAGACCAGGUUGGAGCAGCUGUGGCCUGACCCAACGAACCGCCCACCAUGGAAGCUUUUGGUCGUCCAGAAUAAUGCCUCGUCUCCAGGGCAGGUGGUCCUCGACAUGGUCUUUGCAACCCAUCACGCCCUCGCUGACGGGAAGAGCACGAAGAUUUUCCACACUGAAUUGCUCGAUGAACUCAACAGCUCCUCCUCUCCGCCAGCAGAGCUGAGGAGCCACAUCCUUAGUAUCGACCGGGCCCCAAUCAUCGCGCCACCUCAGCAGGAGCUCAUCCAGUUCAAAAUCAGUUGGCUUUUCUUCUUGAAGACUCUAUGGGACGAAUUUGGUCCUUCUUGGCUCAAACCAAGACCCCCAAUCGAGCCAUGGACAGGGAAGAUUAUCACCCUGGAGCCCCACAGGCUUAAUCUUCGUCUCGUGACCAUCAAGCCCGAGGUCGUCACAAGUCUUGUCGCCGCUUGCAGAGCUCAUGGCGCCACACUCACCGCGAUCUUCCACGUCCUUGUCCUAGCUUCUGUUGCCAAACAUCUGCCUUCUGAAACAGCGCAGACCUUCUCGAGCAGUACACCCAUCAGCUUACUCCCAUGGGCGAAGUUGCCACCUGGUGUUGACAUGGACCUGGGAAAAGAAUUCUCGGUGCUCACAACCAGCGCCAGUAAGAAUUGGGAUGCAGAGACGGUCGCGGAGCUGCGACGCAGGCUUGGUACAAGGGAUGAGAGCCUUGAGGAAGGCCUCAUCUGGCCUUUGGCAGCAAUUUGGCGAGCCGAGAUAAAGAAUAAGAUCGCCUCGCUCCCAAAUGACGAUGCCUGCGGGCUGAUGGGCUAUGUGACAGAUUGGCAGAAGAGAUGGGAACAGACAAUGGGCAAGCAGCGCGCCGCCACCUGGGAGCUGUCUAACAUCGGCCUGUUCAAAGGCGUUGGCCACGAGGGCCCAGGGGCCUGGACUAUCCAACGCUCGUUCUUCACCCAACCUGCCUUGAUCGUUGGUCCAGCGUUCGGGGUCAACAUCACGGGUGUGGACGGGAGUGAGGUUAAUUUGACAUUCAAUUGGCAAAACGGUGUCAUUGAAAAUGCAAUUGUCGACGGCGUAGUGGAGGAUCUGUCCGCCUGGUUGGAGGAGUUCAGGGUCAACGGACGAUUUGGUAUGGUCGAAAGCAAGUGA